GAGCUCUUGUACAUAAUUUCUGGAUACACUCAAAUCCCCGACAACACUCUCCGCACGCCUCCGCCUAGUAAUUUCUUAGGAGAUCCACCCAAUGCGCUUACGUUAGUCCCAUCAUGACCAGCGACACCCCAUCCGAACCCCCUACCACCGAGUCCAAACCCACCGAGGAACCGAACAAGGCCAAGGAGGAGGUCGAAUACGAUGAUUUUGGGCUGCCUGUGAGAAAGCGACGGCCGAGGACGCCGGUCGUCGACUCGAGUGACGAUGAGGGAGAAUUCAAAGACGCAGUGACGGAGAAGGAGCGGGCAUCAGGAUUGGAGACAGAAAGCUCGAGUGCGGGGAAAGUGCAGGAAAAUGCACCAGACAAGGCCGAGGUGAAGGAGAAGGGGGCUAUACAGUCACAGGUCAACGGGAAUGUGGAGAAGUCAAUUGGGACCGGGCAGAAGGAGGACAGCGCUGGUGUGGCCGUUGAAGACGUUCAAGAUGCUUUGGCAACCAGCCAACAUCCGAAUAUUGCAACAGAUGGCGACAAGAUCUUGGAUGAAAAGCGAAAUGCUUCAGAGAACAACAAGCAACCUGAGCAUGUGGAGGAACAUAACCAGGUCGAGAAGCCGGUGAACACAGAGCAAGACGCACCAAGGAACAGCGUACAGGUUGAAGUCUCAGAACACAAGCACACGGCGUCGAUUGCUUCACAAAAGCCCGUUAUAAACGAAUACUCGCACCAACAAUUAGUCGCUGAACCACAUCCUGAAGAAGUGGAUAACAAGAUUGACGACGACGAGUGGCAGACAAUGCCAGCAUAUGCCCAUUACGACAUAUACGACGAUGAUAAUCGCCUCAUUGCAAAAGAGAAUCCAGACGAACUCGAGGACAUGAGCGGCUAUGCAAACGUUGGAGGCGCUGCGAAAGGCUACACCAGGGUCAUCAUGGACGACGAUGCCGACUCACAGACCAGCAUGGACGACAACACAGCAUAUCUCUUCAAGGAAAAGAGUACAGCGCUGAACGACGAAGACGAAGCAUCACGCGAUCCACUUACGCAGAUGCAGACUACCAAGAAUCUUCUCACAGAGGGACAACGAGUAGCAUAUGUUGGCUUGGUUCGGCUAGCUAUGAUCGAAAUGGAGAGGAAACUUACCAGAAUCGAGCGCAGCAAGGGCAACAAAAAGGCACUGGACAUGCAGCUGGAAACAACCAGGAUGUGGGCUCAGAAGAUCAUGGUUAGGUUGUACGGACAUAUGGAUAUCAACGCUUCUGAACAAAUCAUGAUUGAGCAGUUGUCGGAACAUGGCGUGGUGCCAGCAGAUCUCACCCCAGCGCUGAUGCAAAAUGCUCGAGUGAAAAAUCCCGCUGCGGAAGAGGCGGACUUGCCAAAGGACCAGGAUUCUGCGAGGCCAUCUGUCUCAUCUCCGCGCGCUGAUACCUCAGACGCGACACUCGAAUCUUCGUCGACCUCGAGUCUAAACGAUCCGUUACGAUCACCACCUCCGCCUUACGAUGAGCAUCAAGAAAAAGACUACAACUAUCCGGAGGUAAAGAGACCAUCGCAGCUCCCAGACAGCAAGAACCUCGACAUUGAUCUCCGUUGGACUGUCUUGUGCGACCUGUUCCUAGUUCUCAUCGCCGACUCUGUCUACGAUUCGCGUUCAAGAGAGCUCUUCGAACUGGUCGGGAAGUUCCUCAGCGUCGACUGGCUAGAAAUCUGCCGCUUCGAGAAACGUGUAACAGACGCACUGGAGAUGCAGGAACAAGCAGACAAAGAGAACUGGAAUGAAGACGAGCACAUGCAAAAUCGAGCAAAGCGAUCGCGCAACAAGCGAUUGGCGUUCAUGGGUCUUGCGACUGUUGGUGGUGGACUGGUCAUUGGCUUGUCCGCGGGCUUACUGGCUCCUCUCAUCGGAGCUGGUCUUGCUGCAGGCUUCACAACUAUUGGUGUGGCGGGGACGAGCAGUUUCCUUGCGGGCGCUGGAGGCGCUGCCAUCAUCACUUCGACGGGUGUUGUGACUGGUAGUACGGUCGGUGUCCGAGCUGCGAACAGACGAACGGGUGCUGUCAAAACGUUCGAGUACCGACCGCUUCAUAAUAAUAAGAGGACUCAUCUCAUCAUCACCUUGGCGGGAUGGAUGAACGGUAAAGUGGACGACGUCCGAUUGCCGUACAGUACUGUGGAUCCCGUCAUGGGCGACAUCUAUUCGGUUCUUUGGGAGCCUGAAAUGCUCAGGAGUAUGGGUGCUACCAUAAACAUUCUUGCUACCGAAGCUCUCACACAAGGUCUCCAACAAGUGCUAGGCAGCACAAUUCUGGCAACACUCAUGGCCGCGAUGACGCUCCCUCUCGCUUUGACGAAGCUUUCCUACCUCAUCGAUAACCCUUGGGUCGUCUCGCAAGCUCGAGCAGAUAUGGCUGGACUUAUCCUUGCAGAUUCACUUGCUGAUCGCAACCUAGGGACAAGGCCUGUAACCCUCGUUGGCUUUUCGUUGGGCGCCAGGGUCAUCUUCUCGUGCCUCAAGGAGUUGGCUAAACGUGGAGCUUAUGGCCUGGUACAGAAUGUGUACAUGUUUGGCACACCUGUUGUUGCGAAUUAUGAUGAGUAUGUCAAAGCGAGGGCUGUCAUUCCUGGAAGAUUUGUCAACGGCUAUGCCACCAACGACUGGAUUCUGGGCUACCUCUUCCGCGCUACUAGCGGCGGCGUAAUGCAAGUCGCGGGUCUCGCGCCCGUCCAAAUCCCCACCAUCGAAAACAUCAACGUCACCGAACUUGUCCCAGGUCAUAUGGCCUACCGUGCGGCGAUGCCCAAACUCCUCCGCGAAGCUGGGUGGGUCGUGGAAAGCGACGAGUUUACCGAAAUUGAGGACCCCGAUCCAGAGGACCACGAAAAACGACAACGUGAACUCAUCAACGAAAUCGAAGAAGCGCGCAAGGAACUUGAGAAGAAGGCUGCGGAAAAGGAAAAGAAAGGCGGGAAAUUGAGUUGGUGGCGUAAGAAGAAGGGUGAUAAGAAGGAGUGGGAAGUCUACGAUGAACACAGUCAGAAGAGGGAUGUGAUUGACCGAGACGCGGAUCCGGCAACCAUUGCGCAGAGCCCGAUCAUGUUCGACAUCGACGCGAUUAGAAAGGAGGUUGCUGCUCUCGCUGCGGAGGGCGAUGCGAAAACACAGGGUAAGGAGCCGGAGCAGGAAUUUGAGAUCAAAGAGAUCAAGUCCACACUGCCGCCCAUGAAGAUCAACAUCAGCACUUCAACCUCCAACCAAGCCCCACACCCCAACCUCAGGGAGACCAAGAGCUUCAACGAUAGUCUGGGCUCGGCAGGCACCACGGCAGGGCCGCCUACCAACAACGGCACACACUUGACUCCGAACGGCCAAAGGAAACAGAGCUUCGACGAGUACGAUGAAUACGACGACCCCGACGCGGCGAAUAUGACCAUGACGUUCGACUCCUCGUUCAAGGAUCCAUCGACGUCUCACAAUCCCUCCUGGGACCGUCCCGCGCCUAGCAAAAACGCAUGGGACACGCAACCGUCGUGGCACGAUGACGCGCCGCCCGCAGAACGUCCGCCGCUCCGCUCAGCAAACACCAUGCCGUUGUCAGGGAGCAUGCAACCUGGUGCAAGUAGUGCGAGUGCAAGUGCGGGUGCGAGUGGCAAUCCAGGGUACAACGCCUGGGCAGAUGAAUUCGACGACGAUUUUGGCACGGAGAAGGAGGUGCAGAUGAGUUUUAUGUAACCCUGUGAUUGGUAAUAGUGGGUUCUUUUGCUGGCGUUAGCUGCUGCUGCUGUUGUUGGCUUGUGUGGGGUCGCAUAGAUGCGUUUUCAGCGUUGCAUUUUCUGGGGUUUCAUGCUUGGGCAUUGGAAUUGUGCUUCUGAGUGGAUAUGGCGAUGACUGUGAGAGUGGUAGUUUAGGAUAGCUGAAACAUUAAUAUGGACUUGGUCUUGGCUGG